UGGAGCGGCUCGGAGCAGGCGUUUAAAGAUGGCGGCAGCGGCGCGGAGUUGGGGGUGGUUUUUGUGAAGUGGUUGUGUUUGCUCUCCGCCCCCUCCACCCCCCCAGUCGCGGAGGAGCGGCAGGGACACCGGGGAUGGCUCAGGUUGAAAGAAGAAAGGGAGACCUGCGUGUCCAAUGAAGAUGCAGUCUUAGUCUUCAGCUAUUUAAGCUGAAUGCAUUGUGAUUUCCAAUAAUUGAGACAGUGAUUCUGAAAGCUGUCUACAUUAAUGAAAAGAACAAUGUAGUCAGCUUAACUGAAUCAUCAGUGUUGCAUAUUGAAUAGAACAUGAUAAACCAAUCUUGAUGGACUUAUGCAUGUUAGGAAUAUAGAUAUAAACAUUUAUUAAAGCAUUGUUUUUUAAAAACAGUAGUUUUAAAAAUGGAAAAAUAUGAAAAUGUACCACCCCUCCCUAAAGAACCUGCAAGAGAAAUGAAUGUGGAGAAUCAUACUUGUCCCCCACCUCUGCCGCCUAAUGAACAGCCUCCACCACCUCCCCUGCAAACGUCCAGUGACGCAGAGGUAAUGGACGUUGGCUCUGGUGGUGAUGGACAGUCAGAUACCCCUGCUGGGGACACGCACAGUAUCUGCAGAACACAGCUUCUCACAAAGGGAUCUGCCUGCUACAAAAGUCGUCUUAUAAUAGACCCUAACAAUAGUGACCAAAGCCCAAGAACUGCUCGUCAUGCACCUUCAGUUCGCAAGUUCACCCCAGAUCUUAAGUUACUUAAAGAUGUAAAGAUUAGUGUUAGCUUUACAGAAAGCUGCAAAAGCAAAGAUAGGAAAGUUCUGUACACUGGAGUUGAGCAGGAUUAUAAGGCAGAUACAGAUUUUGGUAUUAAUAAUGUAAAUGGGGAUUUGCAUGUUUGUCCUUUUGGUGGUAGUAAUGGUAAAGCUGUAGGAAUAGGGGGUGAAAAUGAUGACAAGAAGGAUGAUGAAAAUGAUAUUGAUCAGGAAAAGAGAGUGGAAUAUGCAGUUCUGGAUGAGCUGGAAGAUUUUACCGACAAUUUGAUGGAAAUAGAUGAAGAAGGAGGAGGGUUCACAUCUAAAGCAAUCGUUCAAAGAGAUAAAGUGGAUGAAGAAACCUUGAAUUACUCAUAUGAGGAUGACUUUGAUAAUGAUGUGGAUGCUCUCCUGGAAGAAGGUCUUCGAGCACCUAAAACAAGGAGACUAGAAAAUGAGAAAUACGGUGGUGAAAGCGAUCACCAGUCUGAUGGAGAAACAAGUGUGCAGCCAAUGAUGACCAAAAUUAAAACUGUACUUAAAAGUCGUGGCCGCCCUCCCACAGAACCUUUGCCAGAUGGAUGGAUCAUGACAUUCCAUAACUCGGGCAUUCCUGUAUAUCUGCACAGAGAAUCUAGAGUUGUUACCUGGUCUAGACCUUACUUCUUGGGAACAGGAAGCAUAAGGAAACAUGAUCCUCCCCUCAGUAGCAUUCCCUGCUUGCAUUACAAAAAAAUGAAGGAAAAUGAGGAAAGGGAACAAAACAAUGAUAUAACCCCAAAUGGGGAAGUAUCACCUGUAAAGCACCUAGAUAAAUCAUCAGAACUGGACUGCCAAACAGAAGAACCAGACUCUACUGCUGCUGAUUCUGGGCCUUUAGAUGACAAAGACCCCUCAGGGGGAGAUGCAGCACAAGGAGCCUUAGGGCAAGUUAAGGCCAAAGUUGAAGUAUGUAAAGAUGAAUCUGUAGAUCUGGAAGAUUUUAGACGCUACCUUGAAAAGCGUUUUGACUUUGAACAAGUUACUGUAAAAAAAUUCAGAACCUGGGCCGAGAGACGGCAAUUCAAUCGUGAAAUGAAGCGGAAGCAGGCAGAAUCCGAGCGGCCUAUUCUGCCUGCCAAUCAGAAACUCAUUACCUUGUCUGUGCAAGAUGCACCUACAAAGAAAGAAUUUGUCAUUAAUCCCAAUGGGAAAUCUGAAGUUUGCAUACUGCAUGAAUAUAUGCAACGAGUCCUAAAGGUUCGCCCUGUUUACAAUUUCUUUGAAUGUGAGAACCCAAGUGAACCUUUCGGAGCCUCAGUGAUAAUUGAUGGAGUAACAUAUGGGGCAGGAACUGCCAGCAGCAAAAAACUUGCCAAGAAUAAAGCUGCUCGGGCUACACUGGAAAUCCUUAUUCCUGACUUUGUUAAACAGACCUCUGAGGAGAAGCCCAAAGACAGUGAAGAACUUGAGUAUUUUAACCAUAUCAGUAUUGAGGACUCACGGGUAUAUGAACUCACCAGUAAAGCUGGACUCUUGUCUCCAUAUCAGAUUCUCCAUGAGUGCCUUAAAAGAAACCAUGGAAUGGGUGACACAUCCAUAAAGUUUGAAGUGAUUCCUGGUAAAAAUCAGAAGAGUGAAUAUGUCAUGACUUGUGGCAAGCAUACGGUGCGAGGCUGGUGCAAAAAUAAAAGAGUGGGGAAACAAUUAGCUUCUCAGAAAAUCCUACAGCUACUGCAUCCACAUGUGAAAAAUUGGGGCUCUCUUUUGCGUAUGUAUGGUAGAGAGAGUAGCAAGAUGGUUAAACAGGAAACCUCUGAUAAAAGUGUGAUAGAACUUCAGCAGUAUGCCAAAAAGAACAAGCCAAAUCUGCACAUCCUGAACAAGUUACAGGAAGAAAUGAAAAAACUGGCCCAAGAAAGAGAGGAAACACGAAAGAAACCCAAGAUGACAAUAGUGGAAUCGGCUCAACCCGGCAGUGAACCUCUGUGUACCGUUGAUGUGUAAUGAGAAACCUUACAAGUGGGGAGCAAUAACACAAAUGGAAGAACUAGAUUUUCAACAAUUAUUUAAAGAUGUUUGCUGCAGUAUGCAAGAUAACUUUUAAAAUCCAAGCUGCUUCAGUUAUGCAUUGUUCUUUUUGCAUCAUCAGGGCAAUAUUACUUUUUCCUACUUUCUUUUUCUUUUCUUUUUUUUAAUACCUCUGAGAUAUGUACGUUUAAAGGAUUGAUCAUAAAGAUCUCUACUUGGGCAAAUGCACAGAGGACAGGCAUGUUCAGACAGGAUAAACUCAAUCAAGCACUUUUUCCUGGAAAGCCAUCCAUGUUGUUUAAGAUGGAUGUGUUUUAAGGAUGAAAUUCAGAAUAUCUAUGUACAGGUUGAAGCUGAUAUUAUAUAUAUACACAUUCAUAUAUAUGUAUAUAUAAAAGAAAUCUAUGUACAUCUUCUUGUAUGAACAUGCCUAAAACUAUUUUUGUGAAGAGUUUUGUUGCAUUUCAGCACAUAAUAAUAUGCACUGAUAAGACACUUUGGUGACAAAUACGUGAAAGUGAUGAGCAACGUUCCUAAUGCCAUAGGAUUAGGCCAGUAAUGCUGUUUCUUUUGUUCGGUUUUUUUUGUCUACUGCCAGGCUUAGUUUUUCAAGAUCACAGUAUGCAGAUUUUUCUAUUACUUGAAAAGAACAAGUAUACCUGGUAGUGUUAAGAGUAACAGGCUGGAUAUCCAAAAUUAUUGGGGUUUAUUUUAAUUAAAAAGAGCCUAUGUUAGUUUACAGAUCAUUAGAAAGGGGAAAAAUAUGGCCCUAUUUAUUUGAUUAAAAUAAAAACUGUAAUUUGAAAGGCUGUUUUCAAAGUUUGGAGCCAAAACGCAGCUGAUGAUGGUUGACAGUCUAAAAAUAUUUUGCCAGUGAGGUGUUUAAAGACCUUCCACUCCCUUCUCCCAGCAAUAAAACAAUUUCUCACUUGUUCGGAGUCAGAAUGCAUCUGACUUGAUCAAUUAAGUCUUAAUUUGCACCAUAUACAUGAAGAAUUUUAAAAACACAAAAACAACACAGCUCUGAGAAAUCUGAAAUAACUGCAGCAAUUUAGGUUUUUUAAGGAGUUUUUGGUUUUACUUUUUUAAUUACAUUUUUAGCUUUUAAAGAAAAAGUGUAACUUCUGCAAGGAAAAUUAGAAUGUAGAUUUGGAAUAUGACGUAGAGUAAUAAGUAGAAUGAGACCAUAACAGGUUAUACUGAUAAACAAGCAAAUCACAAAUAUGCAACUAUUAUAAAAUACAAUCUUAGAACAGAGGCAGUACUCACCAUGUCAUCUGAGGCUUUAUGAAACUAAGCACAGAAGAAAAAGUUCCGGCUGUAGUGAAAGCGCUGCUUUGUGGGUCUGGUCCGUGCUGGGCGGUUGCAGUCAGUCGUCUUGUGGAACCGUUUCCACGGGUCCUUCAGUCGGCUCUUGCAGAAGGGAGCACGCACCGGAGUGGUGGGGCUUUGUGCAGCCUGGCUCCUGCAGGAGGGAGAGCUCGACUCCUUGUCGCGGCUGCAGCUCCUGGUGCCUUCCUGGGCCAAGAGCUGAGGGCUUGGGGGGGGGGUGGGGGGUUGGUUUGAUUUUGGGCCUUUUUGUUAUGUUUUUUAUUUUUUUUACCAUGUUACACAUAGAGCGCUGCAGUAUAAUGAAUUUAGUGCCUACUGGAUUUUAACAAACAAUAUUGGCAUCAGUAUUGUAAGACCACCUUUUAAUUUUGCCCAUUAUUUUGGAAAUACUUGGUGAUUAAUUGAUAUCUCAAACUAAUGUGUUGCAUAUAAUGUUUGAGCUUAAACAAGAGGAGUCUUGGAGUCUUACCUGUUUCUGUGUUUGAGUGAUACGCUCAGAGGUCUCUGCAAAUAUGAAUUCACCCAUUAUUUUUUUUAUUAUGAUAUUUAGCUUUUCAGUUCUAUGAGUUGUAAUCCUGUAAUGACAGGAUACGGGUAGUUGGAAGACUAUACAUAAAUAUUACUUAAAGAAGUGGCCUAUCUAAAGAAAAGAAAAACAAAAAAACACUGCCUCUGCUUUUUUUGUAUAGCUUUAAUAAAUCUCCAUCUUUUCAAGGGUAUCUAAAAUUGGUGCAGUAGUGACAAGCAGUGAUUACUGUUUGUCUCUCUUGUUAUUGUUUGUUUGGUUUUUUUUUUGUGUUUCCUUUUCAUAAAGACAGGGCUUAUAUCUUCUAUGCCUAAAUGCAUUACUCUUUUAGGUAGGUUUUACUUCAGCUUAUGUGUUUUCAGCAGAAAAAUCUGUACUUGGAUGGCACUGUAAAAGACAAAUCACCCAUGUAGAUCUUAUUUUUCUGAAACGAGAAUGUCAAUGCAUUUGCAGGUCACCUGCAGAAUUACCCACAGAUGCCUCGCUUACAAAUUUGUUUCCAUUCUGUUUAAGAGAUUGCUGUAUUACCUCAGUCUGCCACUAUCAGAAUCACAAGGUGACCGUUGCCCUUAACUAAAACAUCCAGAGAUUUCAUUGUGAACCAAAGCCUAAACGUAUAUUAUGCAUUCUAAACAAAAAGAAACACAAAAAGAUGGUAUUAGACCUUGCUGCAGCCUUUAACUGGAGAGAUGUCCAGAAAAUAGCGCAAUAACUGCUGGAACAAACAACUUAACUGCUGUUUCUCUCAUUGUGAAGUAUUCUUGUGUUUUAAUGUUUACUAUUGUUUGGAGUGUAACAGUCUUGCAUUUGCACAUAAGCACGAGCUGCUGUGAUAGAGGAUAGAUCAUUGCAUUAACUUCAGCUUCUGCAUGAACACUUACGGUGUGAUUCAAGAUGUAUCCUAAACUUGUCUUGUAACUCUUGUGUGUUUUCUAGGUAAUCGGCUGUAAAGGUUUUUAUCUUGAUUGUAUGAAUGCAUAAAACAACUGCUGCUUUUGUCACUAUAUUUGUUAUUUAUCCCUUCUGUAUCCAGAGGAGGAUCGGUAUUUUUAUGGGGAUGGAGUGUAUUUUUAAGAACUGUUCCAUCCUUUGGGAAUUAGAGUUUUGCUUUGCAUAUUAUGUGCUUCUCGACAAAAGUGUGGUAUAUUGACUUUAAGGAUUAAAUUCGUGUGCAUUCAAAUCUUUAUGGUACUGAUGGAAAACUUACUGUGACUUCCAGUGACUAGUCAAAUGCUACCUAUUUAAACACCAGUCAUCCAGCUUUUUCUUAAGUAUUUAUUAAACGAAACUGAUGAAGUAGUUGGGUACUCAGAAGUUUGGAAAGACUAUUAUGCAUAAACUUAACUGUCGUAUGUAAACUUCCACUUUCCUGUGAUGCUGUUAGGCUUUAUACAAAUAUAUUUGUAACAUCCAAGUAUUUAAAGCAUUAUGAUUAUCUUAUUAAUUCUCUAGACUGUACUUUGGUUCUGGAGUAAAAUCCAGGAAGCGAUAGCCUCCUGACUUGCCGUGGGAAGAGGUGUGAAGUGCAAGAAGCCAUGCUGUUGUUAACCAAAUAAAAUGAGCAGUUACAGUAUUCUGAGGUGUGUGAGACGGUGAGAACACGGAAGGAAACUCGUUGCCCAAGUAGAUAACAGUGGUCACUGUAUGGGUUGUGUUGGGUGCAGCUGCUUGAUGCCAGUGCUGAAUUGGUACAACUAUAAAGCCUCCUUUUCACUGAGCCUCUGCUUGCUUUUUUUUCUGCACAAUCAUAUAAUCCUGUGUGUUUGGUCUUUGAGUACUACAUGUGUAUUUUUCAGACAAUUAGUUUUGAGCAAUAAAGUUUGAUAUUAUAAAAUGCUCCAGUGUGAUCAGUACUAUGAUAGCUUAAGCAUACUUAGAGAAAGGCACUUUAUUCCUAAGGAACUGAGUGUUUGCAUG